AAGACGUCUCUCAGUUUUCAUUUGGCCAACUAUCUUUCCUCCUUCCUUCCUUCUCUCCUUCAAAGAAAUUAAUCCACACCACAACCUCAAGAAAACUACAAGCUAUUCACCAUAAAGAUUAUUACUAUUAAUUAGUAGCAGCACCGCAACUUGUUCUCCCGAAAAUAUUACAGAAAGAGCAAAGGAAAACCUGAAGAAAAAAUGGGAAAUUGUUGGCCAAAACCUGUAGAUGUUCUUCCUCCCACUUCCAAGUUUUCUAGCCCUCCUUCAGUGAUCAAGAAACAUGUCAGUACUCCUUCGGCAAGUAACACAAGGACGGUGGAGGCGCAGCCUAGCAGUGAUGGCGGUGAUGCGGCGAAAGUGGAAGUUCCGGCGAGUGGGAAAAUAAUUACUCCAAAUUUAAAAAUGUUUACUUUAGCAGAAUUGAAGAGUGCAACGAAGAAUUUUCGACCCGAUACAGUGUUAGGCGAAGGAGGAUUUGGUACCGUAUUUAAAGGAUGGGUUGAUGAUAAAACAUUUGCUCCUUCAAAAGUUGGAGUUGGUAUGCCAGUUGCUGUUAAAAAAUCAAAUCCUGAGAGUGAACAAGGUCUCAAGGAAUGGCAGGCUGAAGUAAAGUUUCUGGGAAAAUUUAGUCAUGCGAAUCUAGUUAAACUAAUUGGAUAUUGCUGGGAAGAAAAAACGUUCCUUCUUGUGUAUGAACACAUGCAGAAAGGAAGCUUAGAAAGUCAUCUUUUCAGAAAAGGUGCAGAAACAUUGUCGUGGGAUACAAGGUUGAAUAUAGCGAUAGGAGCAGCAAGAGGACUUGCUUUUUUACACACCACAGAGAAGCAAGUUAUUUACCGUGAUUUCAAAGCUGACAACAUUUUACUGGACGCGGACUAUAAUGCAAAGCUUUCUGAUUUUGGACUAGCUAAGAUGGGUCCAGUAAAUGGUGACUCACAUGUGACCACUAGAAUUGUUGGCACUUAUGGCUAAGGGUGGUAACCGGUUUGGUCUUACCGGUUUUAACCGGUAACCGGACCGGUUAAACCGGAACCGGAACCGGAACCGGUAGCACCGGUUAACCGGUUCCGGUUAACCGUUUAAUGGUUUACCGGUCCGGUUCCAAUAUUUUGGAAGAAUGUAAGGGUAUCAAGAUGAGAACGCGAGAAAAGAAAACCGCUCGGGAACAUCGAAAUCACAACAAUUCUGGGCAUCGGUCGCCUCUACACGUUAAGAAAACGGGUAGUGGUAAUUACAUUGGCAAUCAAGCACAUCAUGCUCCUAUCAACCGCAGCUACUGAAACUCGAAAGGGAGAUCCAAAUGAGUUUAUCGGUUAAAUGGCCCGUUACAAAUGUUCUUGUAGUUAUAUGAUCGAUUUCACAAAAGAA